AUGCUGCUGCUUCCAUCAAGUCCCACCCAUUUCCAUCAAGUCCCAUCCCACUUCCCCCAAGUCCCACCAGCUUACCUCAAGCCCCACCCGCUUCCGCAAAGUCCCACCCGCUUCCCUCAAGACUCACCAUCUUCCCCCAAGUCCCACCCGCUUCCGCCAAGUCCCACCCGCUUCCGCCAAGUCCCACCCGCUUCCUCCAAGUCCCACCCGCUUCAGUCAAGCCCCACCCGCUUCCUUGAAGCCCCAUCCGCUUCCGCCAAGUCCCACCCGCUUCCGUCAAGUCAAACCCGCUUCAUCCAAGUCCCACCCACUUCCGUCAAGCGCCAUCAGCUUCCCCCAUGUCCCUCCCGCUUCCACCAAGUCCCACCUCUUCUGUCAAGUCCCACCCGCUUCCUCCAAGCCCCACCCGCUUCCGUCAAGCCACACCCACUUCCACCAAGUCCCACCUGCUUCCGUCAGGUCCCACCAGCUUCCACCAAGUCCCACCCGCUUCCGCCAAGUCCCACCGCUUCCCUCAAGUCCCUCCCGCUUCCACCAAGUCCCACCUUUUCCGUCAAGUCCCACCCACUUCCACCAAGUCCCACCCGCUUCCGCCAAGUCCCACCGCUUCCGUCAAGUCCCACCUGCUUCCGUCAAGUCCCACCUGCUUCCUCCAAGUCCCACCCACUUCCGUCAAGCGCCAUCAGCUUCCCCCAUGUCCCUCCCGCUUCCUCCAAGUCCCACCCGCUUCAGCCAAGUCCCACCCGCUUCCGUCGAGCCCCACCCGCUUCCACCAAGCCCCACCCGCUUCCGUCGAGCCCCACCCGCUUCCACCAAGCCCCACCCACUUCCGUCAAGCCACACCCGCUUCCCCAAAGUCCCACCCGCUUCAGUCAAGUCCCACCCGCUUCAGUCAAGUCCCACCCACUUCCGUCAAGUCCCACCCGCUUCCCCCAAGCCCCACCCGCUUCCGUCAAGCCCCACCCACUUCCUCCAAGCCCCACCCGCUUCCGUAAAGUCCCACCCGCUUCCACCAAGUCCCACCCGCUUCCCUCAAGUCCCUCCCGCUUCCACCAAGCCCCACCCGCUUCCUUCAAGUCCCACCGCUUCCCUCAAGUCCCUCCCGCUUCCACCAAGUCCCACCCGCUUCCACCAAGUCCCACCAUUUCCGUCAAGUCCCACCGCUUCCACCAAGUCCCACCCGCUUCCGUCAAGUCCCACCCGCUUCCACUAAGUCCCACCCGCUUCCUCCAAGUCCCACCCGCUUCCACCAAGCCCCACCCACUUCCGUCAAGCCACACCCGCUUCCCCAAAGUCCCACCCGCUUCCUCCAAGUCCCACCCGCUUCCACCAUGUCCCACCCGCUUCCCUCAAGUCCCUCCCGCUUCCCUCAAGCCCCACCCGCUUCCUUCAAGUCCCACCGCUUCCCUCAAGUCCCUCCCGCUUCCACCAAGUCCCACCUUUUCCGUCAAGUCCCACCCACUUCCACCAAGUCCCACCCGCUUCCACCAAGUCCCACCAUUUCCGUCAAGUCCCACCGCUUCCACCAAGUCCCACCAUUUCCGUCAAGUCCCACCCGCUUCCACCAAGUCCCACCAUUUCCGUCAAGUCCCACCCGCUUCCACCAAGUCCCACCGCUUCCCUCAAGACCUUCCCGCUUCCACCAAGUCCCACCUUUUCCGUCAAGUCCCACCCACUUCCACCAAGUCCCACCCGCUUCCACCAAGUCCCACCUGCUUCCGUCAGGUCCCACCAGCUUCCACCAAGUCCCACCCGCUUCCGCCAAGUCCCACCGCUUCCUUCAAGUCCCACCGCUUCCCUCAAGUCCCUCCCGCUUCCACCAAGUCCCACCUUUUCCAUCAAGUCCCACCCACUUCCACCAAGUCCCACCUUUUCCGUCAAGUCCCACCCGCUUCCACCAAGUCCCACCGCUUCCCUCAAGUCCCUCCCGCUUCCACCAAGUCCCACCUUUUCCGUCAAGUCCCACCCACUUCCACCAAGUCCCACCCGCUUCCACCAAGUCCCACCAUUUCCGUCAAGUCCCACCGCUUCCACCAAGUCCCACCAUUUCCGUCAAGUCCCACCCGCUUCCACCAAGUCCCACCAUUUCCGUCAAGUCCCACCCGCUUCCACCAAGUCCCACCCGCUUCCCUCAAGUCCCACCCGCUUCCACCAAGUCCCACCCGCUUCCGUCAAACCCCACCGCUUCCGUGA